ACUUUUGUGCCUGUGAGACAAGGCAUUGUCAUACAAUUUGGUAUGUUGUGCUUAUCCAUCCCUCGUCGGAGAAGAUAACAGAUGCGAUACAACCAGUAGAAAGGUCGCUUCCAGCAUGCAUUUCAAACAACCAAAUCAAAGGCAAUAUAUGCCGCCUGUUUCAAGGGGCUGGCGUCGAAAGCUCCAUGUAAGCAAAGUUUGUGUAGUCUGUCACUUGAUGUUGAAAGAUAUCCUCUUCUAGCAAUAAAAAGCACUGUGCCAUCAUCACCUAUGCAAAAUGGUCAACUAACACAUGCAAUAUUACCCAAUCCCCUCUCAUCUCUCUCACCUGUCUUGGCGUAUGCACCUUCCAAACCUCAAGCCUGCCCAUCUUUCUUUUGCCUCCUUACCUUAUUGCGCCAUUACUUCAAAAGUAGAAGCUGUAAUCAUCAUCACACGCCCAAACUGAUCUUAAUGCCCAUACAUUUCUUGCUUGCCACGCCACUCAUGAUCUCCUUGAAAAAUAUGACAACCAUAUCGCUCCCAUUCUACUUGGCCAAAACAUUACACAAGACUUAAACAACCAUCAGGACUUGAAGCAUGAGAAUCAAAGCGACCUCGUUUUGGCUCUUGGCCUUUGCUAUUGCUCUAGUUUCUAUUGUCAUUGCCCUCUAUGAAAUUUCUCCGUCCCCGUCUACCGUUACUCCGAUCAGUAAUCAGCAUAGCUCAUCUCUUACUACUCUUAAAAGGGUUAUCAAGAAAAGCGGAUUAGAGGUUUUUCAUUCUCUCGUAGCAAGUUCCUUUUCAAGACACCAUCACCGGAGAAAGCAUAAAAUCAAAUGUGACAUGAAUAAAUGGAUCAGCUCUAGGCUAAUAUACCGUUAUAAAGUUUCUCUUGUGUUGACAGUAGACUUGAAAGGUUGUGGGAAUUUUAGCAGCAUUCAGGAGGCUGUUGAUGUUGUUCCAGAGCUCAGCUCCUCUACCACUCUCAUUAUCAUGGAUUCUGGUACUUACAGGGAGAAGGUGACGGUGCAUGCUAAAAAAACAAACCUGAUACUUCUAGGCCAGGGUUAUCUCAACACUGCCAUAGCAUGGAACGAUACUGCAAAUUCUACUGGUGGGACUGUUUAUAGUGCUUCAGUUGCCAUUUUUGCUUCUAACUUCAUAGCCUAUAAUAUUAGCUUUAAGAACACAGCUCCCUGGCCAUCUCCUGGAGAAGUCGGAGGACAGGCAGUGGCACUUAGAAUAGCAGGUGACAAAGCGGCGUUUUAUGGAUGUGGAUUUUAUGGAGCUCAAGACACGCUCCAUGAUGAUAGUGGGAGGCAUUAUUUUAGAGGAUGCUUCAUCCAAGGAUCCAUUGAUUUCAUUUUCGGAAACGCUAGAUCCCUUUACCAGUCCUGCACCAUCAGUUCCAUUGCAGAACAACCCAAAGCUGGAGUAAGUGGAUCUAUUACAGCACAAGCAAGGCAAUCGGUGAGCGAGCAAACUGGGUUUUCCUUCGUGAAUUGCACCGUUAUUGGAAGUGGGAAAGUAUGGCUUGGUCGAGCUUGGGGAGCUUAUGCUACAGUAGUUUUCUCUAAAACAUACAUGUCUCAUGCUGUAUCUUCAGAUGGAUGGAACGAUUGGAGAGACCCUUCUAGAGACCAGACAGCAUUCUUUGGAGAGUACGAGUGUUUUGGACCUGGAGCAAACUUCACAUUCAGAGCCUCGUAUGGAAAGCAGCUGACUCAAUACGAGGCAGCUCCCUACAUGGAUAUUUCAUACAUUGAUGGUAAUCAAUGGCUCUAUCAGCAAAACAUUUUGCCCAGCAUUUCUAAAUGACAGGGAACGAAGAAAACAUUUUAUCCAGCUAUUCUAACUAUGACAAGGAUGAAGAAUUUACUCAUGCAUACUAUUAAUGCACUUGUAGUAGUUCGGAUGCAAGCUUGUUCUUUGCCAGAACAAUAGAGGUCAUUCAAUAUAGAAUUGUGAUGAUUGAUGAGCA